AUAUACCACCCAUACAAACCACAUUUGUAUCUAUUGUCACAGAUUAAACAAGAGAAAACUAUUGUACGACCAUCAGAUUCCCCUAGCCGACCAAUGCAAAAGGUGGCCAGUAUGAUGUCAGAAUCAGGCUGCUGGGCGAACGGUCAGAACCCGGUUGGUGCUGAUGGCUCGGGUGAGAUCAUGUUGUUUGGAGUGCGAGUUAAGGUUGAUCCGAUGAGGAAAAGCGUGAGUAUGAACGACCUUUCACAAUACGUACAUGUACAACAAGCUACUCAUGGUGAUUCGUCUAGUAAUAGUAAUAACCUUGAUGGCUCCAUCGCGGUUGCUGCUGAUUCUGGUUACGCUUCAGCUGAGGAUGCCGUUCGCAACCCCUCAAACGUUGGUAGAGAGCGCAAACGAGGGGUUCCAUGGACAGAGGAUGAACACAAGCUAUUUCUAUUAGGCCUGAAGAAGGUAGGUAAAGGGGACUGGAGAGGAAUUUCAAGGAAUUUUGUGAAGACGCGUACCCCGACACAAGUGGCAAGUCAUGCUCAAAAGUAUUUUCUCCGUCGAAGCAACCUUAAUCGCCGUCGUCGAAGAUCUAGCCUCUUCGACAUCACAACUGAUUCAGUUGCUGCUACUCCAAUGGAAGAACAAACUCAUGAAGAUAACGGUAAUCAACCAUCGGCUGUUGGUCUAAUUCCAUCACCCCCGCUCUCAAUCAAGAAUCAAACUGAAACCGUAGCUUUCAAUACCGAGUAUCAAAUCAACACUGGACCAGUCCCUCUAUCUCCAACACUCAAUCUAUCAACAAGAGCGGAUAAUUAUUCGAAUUGUGAACACGAAAGGGAUUCAUUGUCAUUAUCUUUAUCUCUCAACCUCUCCCUAUCUUCUACAUUCCAGGCAAUCUCAGGGUUCAACAAUGGAGAUGGUAUGAUCAGUGUUGUUUAAAGUAAAUUCGCAGGUAGAUUAAUUAGCUUUUCACUUCAAUCUAAUCCUUCGGUUAUGUACAGACCAAGAUUUUAUUAAAUUAUGUUACAUGUUGUUUGUGGAAAAAUAAAGUAGAUAAAACAAUAAGUUGUUUUGAGGGUGUUUAAUUAGAAAUGUAAUAUUUAUUUAAAGUGUGUAUCUAUUACUACCUUGUAAGUGAAAUAAAGGAUUAUAAAGUUGUUUAUUUGAAUUA